GAUGAAUAUACACAAGACCAUAAAGUAAAUAUCGGAUGUGUUCUGUGGACAAGACUGUGCAAAAAUACUAAAAUCUGACUAAUACAUAAAAACAUAAAAGCAGAGUCUCUGAUAAAAGUUAAGGUUCUGAUCAACGCAGAAUACAUUGUUGUGGCGUCAUGGUCACUUUGAAAAUAAAUAUAAGACGCUUUGACUUCUCAAAUAAUCCUCCUGUUGAAAAAGCCAACAUCGAAUGUGACCCCGACAUAAGUUAUACUGAACUCAAAAGAAAAAUAAUGGACGCUUGUAAAUUGAUUGUAUCUGAGCAUAAAAUCAUAAAGCUUCGCAAUAGUGAACUUGUACUGAUCCCAUAUUCAAUGAUGCUAGAGAAUGAAAAAGACACUUACUUUGUAGAUGUUACAAACGUUAGUCAGGCACAUGAUACCGGUAUGAAUUUAUUGCAGGAUGCUUAUAUCAACUCUGUGUAUUGUAAACUUAACAAUAUGGAAAGCCGCAUUCAACAAGCGGAGAAGCUUUUACCACAAUUAGAAUGUAUACAACGUACUCAUCUAGAAGAAACUGUUAGUCACCUAUCAAGUAAGGUAUUAUUUCUUAACCGCAGAUUCGAUGAAAUUUUACCUCUACAGUGGCCACCUAAAACGCCCUAUACAAUGGCAUAAAUGAAAAUUUUUAAGUGUAAGAAGUCAAAAAUCUAUCUCAAGCCAUUGUGUGAAUAUAACUUCAUUACAUACUAAUCUAAAAUUGUAUUGAAUUCUUCAUAUUUAGGUUAUUUUCUACCUACACUCAUUUAAUUGAUAAAACUUGUAUAUAAUUAAUAGAAUACUUUGUUUAUACUGUUGCAUCAAAUGUAUAUAUGUCGUUAUUUUAAUUGAUAUUUCUGAUAGUAUGGUGAAUCUGGCUAAAAAUAUCUCAACUGGAACAAAUUAUUUUUAUUUCAAUCUAUAUUUUUUGUUCAAAAAUUAUAUUAUUUAUGUAUAAAUACACCUUCACAAUAAAUACAUGUUGAAUAUA